AUGCCGUACAAUACCCGACGCAAAUCCCUCUCCCUGCCUUCGCUCGGCAUCCACGUCCCUACAUCCAAAGACUCGAGAGUCGCCGCUGCCGCAAGCAGAGCCUCAAAAGAACAAAAGGACUCGUCCCACACCAGCUCCCACACAAGAUCAAACACAGCAGCAAACAUGGCCUCGCCUGCUCCCUCAAAUACAAGCAGCUCGAAAGCGGAGUCUGCUUCCUCCAAGAAGCUUAAGCGCACGCACAGCGCCGUCGAGACCGAAGGCCGCGCGCAUCCAUCCGAACCCCAGCAGAAGAAGCGCGAGGAGCGUGAGACUGUCAGGUUUCAAAACACACCCCCUCCUUCUCCGGGCGGUGCUCGCCGGUCUGUUGAGUGCGAUGAUCCUCCCAGGCCAAUUGACUUUGAGGCUAUCAAUGAUGAUAUUGUUGAGGCUGUCAUCGUCCAGCUCCAAAAUACUGGCAACAGGCCGCACUUGGUCAAGGAGCUUGCUGCCGUCUUGAUGCAGCAGUUGAAGAUUGUUCAACAGUCUGCCAACCCAUGCGCUAUUGUUUCGUCUCGCUUGUCUACAUACCUCAAGAGGACGUGCUGGAACGUCUCGUCUCCGUGUCCGAUUGCCAAGGAGCUCGAGUCUGUUCACCCGCGCCGCACCUACUUUUAUCUCACCACAUGCCCCCACCAGCCGCUUCCCGACCCGGCUCAGGCGGCUGCGCUAAAUCUUGCCUCGCGCGCUAUUAUUUCGCCUAGCAUCUCAAGCGCCGCAUCGGGGACCGAUGAGUCCGACCUUGACCGGCGACGUGAGCUUAGCCCCAGCCCCGAGGUGGAUCUUUCGAGCCCCGAGUUCGACGACAUGGAGGACGACAUCCCCAUGCCCAGCACACCAAUUGGCUCAUUCUCCACACGCCACUGCCUGUCCGGGGUCCACUCCUCGAACAGCAGCCAGAACAGCCGCAACCAUCGCGGUGUCUCUCCUCCGCUUGAGAAGGAUGAGAGAGAGUUCACUCAGACCGCCACCGGCCUGCAGAAACGGAAACUCAACGGUGAACUGUCUGCGUCUUCCCCUGUGAACACCGCUAUGGACAUUGACUUUUGCCCCAAGGAUGAUAAUGUGUUGUUCGGUGAGCGGACGUCGUAUCUUACGAGUCCUGCGAUGAAGCCAUCCUCGACCAUGAUGUCCUUGAACUACGGCCGGAAGGAGUUCGGCGGUGCCAGUGAGUCCGAGAGCUGGCGCAAGCUCGAUGCGAUGCUCGAGUGGGAUCGCAACCCAGAGAACGUCGAGCUCGAUGAGCUUGACUGCCUCUUGGAUGAUUUCUGA